CUCUCUCUCUCCUCUCUGCGCACAGACAGGCGCGCUCGUUCUCAGUCAGCGCACAUCUCGCACUUGGCCAGCAUCACUUGGAGUCCACAGACACGGCUCUGAUUGAGCCUCCUCACCAGAGCGGAGGUCUACGCCUCUCCACCCCAACACCCACAGCCACACACAAGCCUUGUAAGAGUUACACCGUCCAUUGCGCACAACAAUUGGAGGACUGUGUGAGAAGUGGUUUUAUUGCGUUGGGGUUUUUUUUUUUGGUUUGUAUUUUGGCAGCCUGGAUUGGAUCUGGUGUGAAAGUGUCAAAACGACUGAGGGGAUUUCUUUCAAGUCAUCCAAGUGAUUUCCGGGAGGAUUUCUAACUUUUUUUCGUGGUGCAGAAGCGGCAGCGGUGGAAUUUUGUGAGCUGAGCCCGCAAGAGCACGCUGCGCCGGGGAGGUGGCUGACCCACAAGAUCGCACCGAGGUUAUGACGGAGCACAGCUGAAGAUGGAGUUUUUGUGGAUUUUGUUGUUUUCUAGCAUCUAUCCCCUUGCCCGCUGCCAAGGUGUUUACGCUCCUGCCAACGCCCAGAUUGUGCACUCGGGUGCCGCAUGCAACGUCAAGGACGAUAACAUCAGUGAGAGGAUCUACACUAUCAAAGAAGGAGACACGCUUGUGCUUCAGUGCAUCGUGAAAGGGCACCCGAGACCACAGGUACGAUGGACCAAGACGGCCGGCAGCGCCUCGGAUAAAUUCCAGGAGACGUCCAUCUACAACGAGACGCUUCGCAUCGAAGGCAUCCAGAGGGUGCAGGGGGGUCGCUACUACUGCAAAGCCGACAACGGGGUGGGGGUGGCUGCCAUCAAGUCCAUCCGUGUAGAUGUGCAGUACCUGGACACACCAGUUCUGACCGUUCACCAGACGAUCAGUGACGUGCGGGGCAGUUACUACCAAGAGAAGACUGUUUUCCUUCGCUGCACCGUCAACUCUAACCCGCCAGCUCGCUUCAUCUGGAAGCGCGCAAACAUGCUCAUCGAACAAAGCAAAGACAACGGCGUGGACAUCUAUGAGCCACUUUACACUCAGGGUGAGACCAAGGUCCUGAAGCUGAAAAACCUGAGAAGAAAGGAUUUUGCCGAUUAUACCUGCCAAGUGUCGGUUCGUAAUGUGUGUAACAUUGAAGACAAGUCAGUCACCUUCAGGCUGACAAACAGCACGUCUCCGCCCAUGGUCCGGCUGUCCGUCAACGACACGGUGGUGGCAGAUCCCGGGCAGGAUGUGGUCAUCACAUGCGAAGUGACCGGAGGUUUCCCGCCGCCGACCGUGAUUUGGUCACGUUAUCCGGGACCGCUUCCCCUCAACGCUAAGGUUCGCGGUGCCCAGCUGAUUCUGAGGGCCGUCACACCGACCGACGCGGGCUUCUACAACUGUACUGCUGUCAACAAUGUGGGCAACCCCGCCCGUAAGAACAUCAACGUUGUCGUGAGGACCAUGAGCAACCUGACCUUCCAGAUAACUCCGGAUUCCAACAAGGACAGCGAGACCAUCCAGAUGGGUCGAGACCUCAAGCUAUCGUGUCACGUCGAUGCCAACCCUCAGGACAAGGUCAACUACACCUGGUACAAGAACGGCGCGUUGGUCUUCAACACGGAUAGUCUGAUCUUGCUGCGCAGCGAUCCCGAUAUGGCGCCGGGCACCAGCAGCUUGGAGAUCGUGGACAUGAAAUUCCGAGACUUGGCCACCUAUAGCUGUGUGGCAAACUUCCCGGGCAGCAGCGUGCCGGAGCUCCGAGUGGAUGUCAACAUCUCCCAGAACAGUGUAUCUCCCCCAAUACUGACGGUCCCUGCAGGAGGUCACGUGGUUAGUGCACGAGAAGGCGGGACAGCAGAGCUGGUGUGCUUGGUGGUGGAUGGCAAACCGCGUCCACCGAUCUUAUGGUCCCGCACCGAAAAGGACCUGCUGAUGCCAUCUGGGAAGGCUGUGGCGGAGACGCCCGACGGCCGCUUGAAGCUGAGAAACGUAAGCCGCGACAUGAUGGGCUUUUACCGCUGCCAGACUGCUCCUUACAACGGACUCAACAUCAAACGGCGAGAGGCACAGGUCCAGCUGAUUGUGCAAUAUCCUCCCAUUCUGAACCCAGUGUAUCAGGACACACGUGCAAGGAACUAUCAGAUGGUGACCCUCAGGUGUUCUGUCCUGCGCUCCAGUCCGUCACGUAUCACGGACAUCCGCUGGUACCGCAACGGCAACUUCAUCCUCAUGCCCAUGCCGGACCUGAAGGAGACUCCAGAGCUGAGAUUCAAACUGGAGCCUACUAACAAUGGAUCUUAUGAGUGCAGAGUCAGCAAUAGUGUAGGAACAUCCACAUGCAGAUUUAAUGUCUCUGCGCAACCUUACAGUGCUGAAUUCUACUUCGACACGCCCAACCCGGUCAGAAUUCUGAAAGGGAACAACUACUCUUACAACCUGCAGUGGACCCAGAAAGACCCAGAGGCCACAGAUCGCAUCAUCGGCUACUGGAUUGUUGUCCGGAAGAACAAGCAGGACGUGCUGUCAAAGCACAUCGAAAUCAAGAGCAAGGAGCCAGAGAAGGGGGUGCUGAUGUCCUACACCAUUCCCGACCUGAGAAUACCGCUUUCCUAUGAGGUCCGAUUGGCUCCCAUCACCACCUACAGUACCGGGGAAUACGUCAGUCGCACCAUCCAGUACUCAGAGCCGUACACCUACCCAAGACCCUCAGAUCACGUGUGUGGGUUUGAGGAUGAGCGGAUCUGCGGUUUUUCACAAGAUCGAAGCGACGUCUUUGACUGGACGCGACAAAAUCACCUGACCCAGAAUCCCAAGCGGUCUGCCAAUACAGGCCCGGAGACGGAUCGCAGCGGAACCAAGGAAGGCUACUACAUGUACAUCGAAGCGUCGCGGCCACGAGUUCAAGGGGACAAGGCUCGUCUGCUCUCUCCUCUUUUUAACGUGACCACGGUCAGGGGCCCCAAGGGCUCCGGCAGAGUCCCUUACUGCGUCUCCUUCUAUUACCACAUGAAGGGCAAGCACAUUGGCACUCUCAAUGUUCUUUUGAAAAUAAGGAGCAUCGCCUCACUGGAUUCCAUGUUGUGGACCAAAUCGGGUCAUCAAGGGCCCGACUGGAAGAAAGCAUACUUUGACAUCAGUCCCAGCGGACCAUUUCAGAUUGUUUUUGAAGGAAUCCGAGGGAAGGGCUUCGAGGGUGACAUUGCCAUCGAUGACGUGUCUAUCACCAUGGGCAAAUGCAAACAGCAGAACACUGUUGCCAGCGCAGGUAAGACAGUUCUGAUCGGCGGCUCACAGGCGCGCCCAUUGGCCAGAUGGGUGACCAUUAUCCUCAGCUGCAUCAUCGCCUUGCUCUGCAGAUGAUGAGUGGUUGACCACAGCGCCACCUUACGUCUGUGCUAACAGACACUGCCCCGACUCGCGCUCUUACUUCUUCUCUCGACCCGACACCCAGAAUUCUUCCCCCACUCGCCCGUGUCCUCCCCGCAUCGAUGACCCAUGCAAACACAGCCUUUACUUUAUUUAAACACUUUGCUCCGAUGACAUACUAUAACAAACAUAUUCUUAUCAUAUAUUUAAGACAAACAUGUUCUCUAUUAGUCCAUUAGAUUUCCUAAUAGCCAUGUCAAAUGUCCCCUCGCCUUCAUCAUUAGCCUACGUCGACAUGUAUGACCACCCCCCGACCCCCUUUCUCCCUUCCCCAAGACACGCCAAAGUGUCGGACACUCUACCAAAGAUGACCUGAGGGAAAAGCACGAGGGAUUCCGGGGAGCUGGCGAACGACACAGAUAACGUGGGUGAGUUUUUCCUUCUGCUGACCUUCGCCACCAGCCGAGACGCCGAGCGACAGGAAGCUUAAGCUAAGUGAGGAAUGAAUGAAUAAACUGGCAAAACAGAAAGAGGCCACCGAAAGGAGGGGGAACGAGGACACUUCUGGUAGCCUCUCUGCUAGCCACAAAGAAAGUAAGAUCGGUGUGGAUUAUACGUGUACAUUAAUCACUAUAUAUUAAAUAUAAGCAAAGUUUAAAUAUAAGCGGGGGUCUUGGUGAAGGACUCUAUGUACUGAAAUUAAAGAAGCACAACAUUUAUACGAUCUCUGUUGUUCCUUUGAGUUUGAUUGAAUUUAUGUGACGUCACAAUUUGUCUGAUCAAUUCCCUGUUUUUUAAAAUAUUUUUGGAUUUGUGUCGGCCUCUAUGGUCGAUCGGUGACGUGAGUGUUGUGACACAGGUGUUAGGUGUUACCCAAACCGAGCAUACUGUGUCUAUGUGUGGUAUUGAAAGCCGAAAAGUGCAACAAGUCAUUGAAUGUCCCUUAAGGAGAAGCUGGAGAUGUGUAUGUAACUGCUAUGAAGAGCGAAUUAUGUGUUCAAUUCACCUUUUUGCUAAGCCACGCCCCUGAAAUGCAGCAAAGCCAAUCAGAGUUCAGUAUAGAACUCAAAACCUGAAUGAAGAUAAGUGCCAUUAAAUAAAAUUAAAAAUGGAUAUACGGGAAUUGAGAACCUGCACAAGAGAUAUUCAGGUUUCUGGAUAAAGCGAUAUGACCAUUCGCAUCAUCAAUUCAGUUCAUCAAAAAAAAUCACUUGUUCACUUUUUCCAAAUUUGCGUCAUCCGUUUAAUCUUGCUCAGUACUUCUCAGCACUCCAAUCAAAUCGCAAACAUAACUUGAAUAAUGUGUGGCUCUUGCAAGCUAAGCUAACCAUUUGAAGGAUUAGUGACAAGUAAAGAGAGAGUUUGCUAGCUUUAGCCGAUAUGCGUUGCUCCUUCAUAUCAUCGUCCUCCGGCUGUGUCCUUAAGCGAUGCUUUGAUUCAAUUCUAUUUUGCAAGUUUUCCUCGUGUCACAUUGAAAGAAUGGACGUGGCCUUCGAAGGCAAUCCGGAUCAUACUUAAGCCGGUGGAAGCUUGUUGACUCCGACAUUUUGACUGAUUCCGCGACGGUAGUUAAGGGGGCGGGCCUUGGUGAAAGGUGAAUUCUGGAAAAAAUCUGCCGACAUUGUUUUAUCGCUUGAAUGUCUGUGUCCCGUGAACAGUCACACAAAUAUCCUUUGCUGUGCAAUGAAAAGCAUGUAUCGCCGCAUAACUGUUCAUUUUCACUAGCAAGAGAAAUAAGUUGAUUUUUCUUGAUAUAGCACAUUUUGGGGUUACAUGCUUUGCAUUGCAUGGUAUGGAUAUGAUUGUUAAAAUCGAGCAAUACUCAUAUCUAGAGCUCCGUAACCCAUAGUUUUACAUUUAUGGUAAUGUUUUAUCUUCUUGUCCACAAAGCAUCAGGACUGACUUUUAAUGUAAAAUUAUGUGUUUACUCAUCCAGGUCUAUACUGUGAGUACAACUGUAGCCCUCUUUAAUCAUUCAUUAAUGUACCGUACAUCAAUGCUAAUUCUUUUUUUUAUUAUUAUUAUGGUGUGUUUUUCAGCAUUCUCUAUAUUUCGCCUCUGUCACCUCAUAUUUUUAGUGUUUUUUUUUUAAAUCUUUUUUUGCCUUGAUCACAUGCUAUUUGCUACAGUGUACAUCAUGGUGCGUCAAUGUCACUUUUUGUUCCCGCGUCUGUCGCUCACACUGGACAAAGCGGUAGAGAUGGAUGAAUUAAAUACAAGCAAAGCAAGCAGACCCGUGUUCUCAAAA